AUGGGUCCACCACCCGUUGUGACUGGUAUUUCUCCGAAAGAAGGUCCUCCAGGAACUAGAGUGACUAUUCGGGGGGAGUUUCUUGGUACCACGGCUACUGAUUUAAUUGGCUUGAAAAUCUGCGGUUGUGAGUGUUUACUAUCAGCAGAAUGGAAGAGUCGAAACAAAAUAGUGGCACGAUCUGGACCUUGUAAAGGCAGAGGUGAUAUUAUAGUCACUACCAAGUCAGGCGGAGAGGGUACUUCUACUGUACAAUUCCGAGGUUACCAUGAAUCAAUUGGCCCAGUCAAAGAGAGUGCUGUUUGGGUGGAAGAAGCUGCUCCUCCAUCCCUUCCAUGGGGGAGACGACCAAUGUCUCCCACAGCCUAUACACCCCCUGAUCCUCUAGGUCUAUCAACCGAGGGAGAAGACAGCAAGUUUCCCGAGGAGGAGCUCAACGAACUAUUCCCUGAUGGAUCUGGGAAGCUGUCCGAUGAGAAUUUCCAACCAGGCUGGUAUCUUCUUGAACAUCAUAGCAACACAUCUUUCGAGGACUUGAAGGCUGGAAUGGUGUUUUUGCAGAGAAAGGUAGAAGGUCAGAAGGAAGGUCAACUCAGCUUCCUUAAAGCCAACACUGGUGCUGUAAUGGAUCAACUUGAUAGAUUGGUGCUUCUUAAAAACAUGUAUGAGGAUGACCAGAGGAGGAAUGGGAAAGAACCCUUGCCGAGCUUACAGAGUGCAAUUGAAGAAUCCAUAACCCUCGCUGAUUCACUGUUCUCCGAGAUUUUGACACGCAAAGAGAAUGCUGAUAAGACACGCGAGGCGCUAUCAUUAUUGACGCGUCACAAGUUCCUGUUCCAACUGCCAGCAUCCAUAGACAAGAAUAUACGGAAGAAAGAAUAUGAUCUCGUUGUCAAUGAUUAUGCGAGGGUCAAAAAUCUUUUUGGCAACACCGAUGUCAAGUUAUUCCAAAAAAUUCUCGCCGAAAUAGACAAGAAGAUUGAGGAUUUGAAGGAGAAUUUACAUAAUCGUAUGAAGACUAUGCCUAUAAAUGUUCAAGAGCAGACGAAAUAUAUAAGACUUCUUAUAAGUUUGAACUGGGAGGGCGACGCCGCGUGGGUGGCCAUCACAACACGGAAAGAAUACCUCAUGAGUCUCAUGAGUAAGGUCAAAGAACACUUCAAACAGAAGGAGGAACAGGAAUCCAAUGAGAAAGGUCGUCGUCGUAAGGAGAGCGAGGAGGGUCCUUGGAGCGCGGUGCGGGCGGCGUGGUGCGCGGCCGCCUGCGCAGCCCUAGCCUCUGAACUACACGCGCUGUGGCCGCUCGCUAGACGAUACUUUGCGGGGGAACUAGCUGGAGAGCCUAGCGAUCCACAGAGACAAACCGCUUUGAAGGAGAUGAUAAUAGCCGCUGUAGAAGUAUUCUCAGAUCAGAUGCGUUCGUGUUUGUUAUCGAGUGGUCCCAACGCGGGGUCUUCGGUAGCGGCUGAUGUUUUAAGAACAAGGUUGUUGGCGAACUUGCGCAGUUUGAGGGACGCUUACGACUCACUGCUGAAGUUAGAUUUACCAUCACAGCCCCUGAGUAUAGUGGAGAAGGUUGUUUUCGACUACCGCGUGUACGGCAUGACGGUGUUCCUGCAACGAGCUCACAAACGAGUGAAGACUCUCUCCGAGACUGACACGUGGAAGAUAAAGGAAUUCUCAGACUACGGAGCUAUUACUGAACUUCCCCACCUGUUAGAAUCAUACAUGACAGAUGCGUUAUCAUCUAUAUACAAGUGUGUGUUAUCGAGCGGGCGGCGUGAGUCAGCGUUGCUGUCUGACGGCAGCGAGCCGCUGGUGCUGCUCCGGACACACACGCAGCACAUCCUGCUGGCGUAUGUCGCUGUGCUGCACGAGAUAGCGCUGCAGCAUGAUGACCAGGACUUCAACAGUUCUUCACUGUCAGUAGCGUUGGACCAGCCCUUAGAGGAGUCUCGUGGCGCGCAACAGAGACUGCUUGUGGCGGCCGCAGACGCUUUAUACACUAGACGAGUCACCCUCAAUAAUAUUGCUGAAAAAUUUACUAGCUUCGAUUUUCCAAGUCCGACAGCAGCGCUACAAGCAACAAGGGACGCGCUGAGCAAUCUAGAAGCUAGCAUCGCGGAGACGUAUCUAGAACAUAAGGGGGAUCCACUCGUUGGCACCAUAGAACCUAGUAUGUACAUGGGCAGACACACAAUACAUCCUGACGCUAUAGUAGACGACGCAAGGCCAUAUGUUUACGAAAUCAUAAACAACCUGAUAGCUGUCCAUGCCGAG